UCGGGACAUCCUAACUUUGUUGCAUUGUGCCCUGUGAUCAGUCAGUGCCUGACGAGAACAAGUGGUGAAGUCGUUCUCGUCGCCAGUGUGUGACAAACGGUAUUUCCUUAAAGAUGUCUUCGUACCUAGCGACAAGAAGAAUAAAAAAUCUGCUAAAUCCUACUAGGCUAGCAAUACCAUCAUGCUCAAGAGGAUUUCAUUUCAAGAUUGAAGGGAAAAGAAGCAAGGAUGGAACAAGUAGUUCUGAGAUUUCACGGCAAUAUCCAGUUGUUGACCACACCUAUGACUGUGUGGUUGUUGGUGCUGGAGGUGCUGGGUUGAGAGCAGCUUUUGGCCUUGCAAAUGCAGGAUUUAAAACUGCCUGUGUCACAAAAUUGUUUCCAACACGGUCUCAUACAGUAGCAGCACAAGGUGGCAUCAAUGCAGCUCUUGGCAACAUGGAAGAUGAUGAUUGGAGAUGGCACAUGUAUGAUACAGUGAAGGGAAGUGAUUGGCUUGGAGACCAAGAUGCAAUUCAUUAUAUGACAAGGGAAGCACCAAAAGCAGUCAUUGAAUUAGAGCAUUAUGGAAUGCCAUUCAGCAGGACUGAAACUGGUGAUAUCUAUCAACGAGCUUUUGGAGGACAGAGCUUGAACUUUGGAAAAGGUGGACAGGCUCACAGAUGCUGUGCUGUAGCGGACAGAACUGGGCAUUCCCUCCUGCAUACUCUUUACGGACAGUCUUUAAAAUAUGACUGCAACUAUUUUAUUGAGUACUUUGCAAUGGAUCUACUUAUGGAAAAAGGGCGUUGUGUAGGAAUAAUUGCACUGUGUUUGGAAGAUGGUUCACUGCACAGAAUCAAGGCAAAAAACACAGUCAUUGCCACUGGCGGUUAUGGUCGAUCAUAUUUCUCUUGUACCUCUGCACACACGUGUACUGGUGAUGGCACUGCAAUGGUUACCCGAGCAGGCCUGCCAAAUGAAGAUAUGGAAUUCGUCCAGUUUCAUCCCACAGGUAUAUACGGAGCUGGCUGCUUAAUUACAGAGGGAAGCAGAGGUGAAGGAGGAUAUCUCAUUAACAGUGAGGGUGAAAGAUUCAUGGAACGUUAUGCCCCCAACGCAAAGGAUUUGGCUUCCAGAGAUGUUGUUUCCCGUUCAAUGACCAUUGAGAUUAGGGAAGGAAGGGGUUGUGGUCCACACAAAGACCAUGUUUAUCUCCAGUUGUCACACUUGCCAGCCGAAGUCUUGAGGACCAGACUACCAGGUAUCUCAGAGACCGCCAUGAUAUUUGCUGGAGUUGAUGUCACAAGAGAUCCUAUCCCUGUGUUACCCACAGUGCAUUAUAACAUGGGAGGUGUCCCUACAAACUACAAGGGACAGGUCCUGGAUCAUAAUAAUGGCGAGGACAAAAUAAUCGAAGGACUUUACGCAGCCGGAGAAGCAGCUUGUGCGUCAGUUCAUGGUGCCAACCGCCUUGGUGCAAAUUCCCUUUUAGAUCUGGUCAUUUUCGGAAGAGCAUGCGCCUUAACUAUCAUUGAAAAUAACAAACCAGGAGAGUCAAUCCCAGACCUUCCACAGAAUGCUGGAGAAGAAUCGGUUGCAAACCUUGACUCUCUUAGGUACGCAAACGGUUCGUUGUCUGUAGCCGAGGUUCGCCUGAAUAUGCAGCAAGUAAUGCAGAACAACGCUGCUGUCUUCAGGGACGGUCCGGUCCUGGAAGAAGGCUGUCGUAAAAUCAAUGAUGUAUAUGGUCAACUCAAAGACAUGAAACUCUUCGACCGCGGCAUGGUGUGGAAUUCAGACCUGGUUGAAGCUCUUGAGCUGCAAAAUCUUAUGUUGAACUCAUGCCAAACGAUGAUCUCUGCUGAGGCAAGAAAGGAGAGCCGUGGAGCCCACGCCAGAGAGGAUUAUAAGGAGCGAAUUGAUGAGUAUGACUACAGCAAGUCAAUCGAAGGACAGACAAAGUUGCCUGCUAAUCAGCAUUGGAGGAAACACACUUUAGCCUACCAAGACCCAGAAACUGGAAAGGUAACAUUGAAAUAUCGACCAGUUAUUGACGAGACUCUAAGCGACAAGGAAUGUGCAUCUGUACCACCCGCUGUCAGGUCAUACUAAUGCCAACAAACCAAUUGGAUAAGCUUUUGCCUAUUUUGUUUUUGGACAAUCUGCUGAGUGCUAUCUAGAUAUUUAAAUUUAUUUUCGAUGCUUGACAUUUUAAAAUAUUGUACUUCUGAGUGAAAAUGCUCUUGCUUUUUAGAAUAACCCUUACAACAAAACUUUAUUAGCAAUGCUUUUGAAUUUAGUUAUGAUAGAGAAGAAAUUCAUACGUUGAUCAAUAAACCAGUGUUUAUUGUUGUAAAUAAACUGCAUAUCAUUCUUUCAAAACACAAUUGAUAAUUUCUCUGCUGUU